ACGAAGGUCAUCAGACAAAUCGGUAGGGUACAGAGCAGCUAUGCCUAGAAUCGACAGCGAUAUAAAAUUGGAUUUUAAAGAUGUGUUGGUCAGACCCAAAAGAAGUACACUGAAGAGCAGAUCAGAGAACCCUAGUCACAGCCCUUACAUUCACUAUGCCAAAUGUACCUCAGCGAUCUCCGGGGACACGGUUGAUCUGACUCGAACAUUCACCUUCAGGAACUCCGGUCAGAAUUACUAUGGGAUCCCCAUCAUGGUCGCCAACAUGGACACCACAGGAACAUUUGAGAUGGCAAAGGCUAUGGGCAAGCAUGCCAUGUUCACUUGUAUACACAAGCACUACUCUGUGGAGGCCUGGAAGCAGUUUGCAGAAGAAGCCAAAGAUAUCAUACAGCAUGUUGCAGUGAGCACUGGAACAGGUGAAGGAGACUUGAGGAAGAUCUGUGAUAUACUAGAGGCCGUUCCUGACAUCAAAUACAUCUGUGUCGACGUUGCCAAUGGUUACUCCGAACAUUUUGUUCAAUUUGUCAGAGAUGUCAGAAAAAGAUUCCCAAAUCACACAAUUAUGGCAGGUAAUGUUGUGACAGGGGAGAUGGUUGAGGAGUUGAUCUUGUCAGGAGCUGACAUCAUCAAGGUUGGCAUUGGCCCAGGAAGUGUUUGCACCACACGCAAGAAGACUGGUGUUGGUUACCCACAGCUCAGUGCAGUCAUAGAGUGUGCGGAUGCUGCUCAUGGUCUUGGCGGCCACAUUAUCUCUGACGGUGGCUGUACCUGUCCAGGAGAUGUUUCCAAGGCAUUUGGAGCUGGUGCUGACUUUGUCAUGCUGGGCGGUAUGUUUGCUGGGCACACUGAAUCUGGUGGAGAAAUUGUGGAAAAGAACGGAAAGAAGUUUAAACUGUUUUAUGGCAUGAGUUCAGCUACAGCCAUGAAAAAACAUGCUGGAGGUGUUGCAGAGUACAGGGCGUCUGAGGGAAAGACAGUCCAAAUUGAGUACAGGGGUGAUGUGGAGCAUACCAUCUUGGACAUCCUUGGAGGUGUUAGGUCCACAUGUACAUAUGUUGGUGCCGGUAAACUGAAGGAGUUGAGUCGCAGGACGACGUUUAUACGAGUUACUCAACAACUUAAUGAGGUGUUUAGUGCAUUCACUAAAGAGCAUUGAUAGGAAGAUGUUCUGUUAUCAAUCUUGUUUUGUCUAAAUGUGAAAUUUUGGCAACUUUUAGAAGAAUCUCUUUGUUUUUGAGAUUUGAUUUUUUAAGCUGAUAAUGACAAAGAACUUUUUUUUUUUUUUUGAAAUCUGUAAGAUAUUUUUAUGGAUGAAUUUUAUGCUUCUUAACGUUUUUUACCAAAUUUACAGUAGUAACUGAGACACUUUACUUGCCUGCUGAAAGAUAUCAGAAGUAUAUUAGUAAACACUUUAUUGAAACAUUUAUUUGAACAGUUAAAAUAGUUUGCUGGAAUUUCUUGGGAGAAAUGUACUAUUACUUCAAAAUCAUCAAGGUCUAAUCGGAAACAAUGAACUGUUAGGUAGGGUUUCUGACAUAGCUGUCUUUAACCUGUAUUUGUUAUAGACAUACUGGUAAUUUUAAGGGACAUUAAAUACUCACAGUAUUUCACAGGGAUAUGCCAUCAUUUUACAUGGUUCAUACAGAUAUUAAAAGUCCUUGAAUGUCAACACUUUUCUGGAAAAGUUCUGGAACUCAAUGUCAUGGCUGAGACAUGGAAUUUGGCAUCAAUACCUUAAAAAGUCUUGAUAAUUUAUGUCUGUGAUGUUGAAAUAAAAUUCAAACCAAAUUAAUUUCCUAAGAUAUUUUAAAAUAUGCAUGUUUUUUAAAGAGUGUUCUGGGAUAGUCUUAAGUUAUAUUUUUCUUUUAUAGCCCAAAAACACAAAAAUAUUAUGGUUACCUACCAUGAAAGUGGAAACAAACAAUGGUUAAUUACAACUCAUAAUGCGAACGUGAAUGCAUCAAGCACUGUUCCUUAAAAGAUCCGGAAAAGUCCAUAACAUUUAUUAUCAGAAAGGCGUUGAAAUUUCUUGAUCAAUCAAUGAAUCACGUCUCUCCUGGUCUUAGAACCUCUAUGAAUCAUGUCUCUCCUGGUCUUAGAAUCUCUAUGUGCCAUGUCUCUCCUGGUCUUAGAAUCUCUAUGUGCCAUGUCUCUCCUGGUCUUAGAAUCUCUAUGUGCCAUGUCUCUCCUGGUCUCAGAGACUAUGUGCCAUGUCUCUCUUGGUCUCAGAGACUCUAUGAAUCGCGUCUCUCCUGGUCUUAGAAUCUCUAUGUGCCAUGUCUCUCCUGGUCUUAGAAUCUCUAUGUGCCAUGUCUCUCCUGGUCUUAGAAUCUCUAUGUGCCAUGUCUCUCCUGGUCUUAGAAUCUCUAUGUGCCAUGUCUCUCCUGGUCUCGGAGACUAUGUGCCAUGUCUCUCUUGGUCUCAGAGACUCUAUGAAUCGCGUCUCUCCUGGUCUUAGAAUCUCUAUGAAUCACGUCUCUCCUGGUCUUAGAAUCUCUCUGUGCCAUGUCUCUCCUGGUCUUAGAAUCUCUAUGUGCCAUGUCUCUCCUUGUCUUAGAAUCUCUGUGUGCCAUGUCUCCCAAUUCUCAGAAUCUCUGUGCUAUGUCUUUCUGGUCUCAGAGUCUAAUGAACCAUGUCUCCCAGUUCUCAGAAUCUCUUUGAACCAUAUCGCCCUGUUCUAAGUGUCUCGAUGAACCAUGUCUCCCUGGUCCCAGAGUCUAUGAACCAUGUCUAACAACACAUCGUAGAAGACUUGAUUGUUUAAAUUAGUGAUAAAUCUAUUACAUGUAUAUGGUUUAAAGACUUAACUAGAUCAAUUGAGUCCCAAAAAGAGUACAAAAAGUAAAUUGAAUUUUAAUUGUUGCUGAAAUUUUGUGAUUGUUUCUGUUUUAAGUAAACUGUGAACAUGUAUAUAAUCGUCUCCGUAUGAUGAAUUCCAAAGAUAUUGUAGAGGAAAAUUACUGGAUGUUUUAAAGUUUAAAACAAGUUGCAAAUCAGCAAACAUAUUUGUUAUUGUAGUUUUGAUUUUCUUUUCUUUUUUUUCUUCUGAAUUAUCUAUUCAGAUGGCGUGAAAAUUAUUUUCAUUCACUGAAGAAGUGAAGCAUUUUCCUGUUGAUUUAUGUGUGAUUCUCUGUUCUAGUGUGUGUUAUGGUUGUAUACAAAUUUGACUAGGUAUUUUAAGUCAUUCAAGCAUCAUUAUGACUACUAACAUUAAAUAAAGUGCAGGGUAGCAUUUGGUAUAUAGGAUCUGAUGUGCACAUGUACCUGUUAUAGCCUUGUAUUACAGAUAAUGUGCAGGGUAACAUUUGGUAUAUAGGAUCUGAUGUGCACAUGUACCUGUUAUAGCCAUGUAUUACAGAUAAUGUGCAGGGUAACAUUUGGUAUAUAGGAUCUGUUGUGCACAUGUACCUGUUAUAGCCAUGUAUUACAGAUAAAGUGCAGGGUAACAUUUGGUAAAUAGAAUUUGAAUAAAGAAAUAGGGAGGCAGAGAAAAAUGUGCUGCUGGAAGAUCAAGAAAUUAAGUAUUGAAUAUUAAUAUUCUGAAUUCAGACGGGUGCUUAAUACAUUUUGUUGGCUUAUACACAGGUUAAUGUUAAAAACAUAUUUUACAUUGCACCAACAAUCAGUUUGAAUGUGAAUGUGAACUAUUGAUCGUGAAUCUUAGGAACUUUGUAUUUAAAUGUUACUGUUAGUGGUAAAGAUGUGUAUAUUACUUCACAAUAACAGUGGACCUUCAGUUUUAAACACAACAAGUCAUGAUUUACAAUAGGUAAUUAUAAACUGGUGAUAACUAUCUAUUAUAUUUUCUAUAUGCAGAAAACGUAUUUUACUAUGUUCCAUCAUAAAGACUUGAUCUAGUAUUAAUGUGGAGAUGUUCAAUUGCUCACUGGCCAGGUAUAUGUACUGAUAAACGUUGUUUGUUACAGGUCGUGGAUAAUGUCACAUUUGCUGUAGUUGUAUUAGAAAUUUUAUUGAGUGCUGGUGAAUUGGUUUUACACCUUGUGAUGAUUGAUCUUGUUAUUCUGUAUUCCCCGGGUUAUACUACCAUCGUAACUUACAAUGUGUCCCAGUUGAGUUUUUGGGGUAAAAUAUAAACAAUGCACUAAGUUGUUCCUUUGUUUGUAAUUUUGUGUAUAUAUCUACACCUUGGCUUUAAAAAUUUACCCAAUUGUACUGAUGUUUUGAAAACAAUUAAAAUGUUCAGGGCAUUAUAA